AUGGCAGCUCCGGUUGAGGAAGGCGGGCAUGCAGGAAAGAGGGGUUUCGAUUGGAUCCUCGAUUUACCCAGUGGAGCUGCUGCGAUUGCAAUGCGGGUUAAGGAAUUCGGGAAGGAAGAUCCCAGGAGAGCGAUUCACUCUUUCAAAGUCGGGCUGGCUCUGACAAUGGUGUCGCUCUUCUACUACUUCAAGCCACUUUACGACGGGUUCGGCGUCAAUGCAAUUUGGGCUGUUCUCACCGUCGUCGUCGUCUUUGAAUUCUCCGUUGGGGCGACAUUGGGGAAAGGAUUGAACAGGAUGGUGGCGACAUUCGUAGCUGGUGGGCUCGGCAUUGGAGCCCAUCACUUGGCGAGUCUCUCCAGCCCAACCGGAGAGCUCAUUCUCAUCGCCGCCUUCGUUUUCAUCAUAGCUGCGGUGGUGACAUUCACCAGGUUCUUCCCCAAGGUGAAGGCGAGAUACGACUAUGGAUUCAACAUUUUCAUAUUGACAUUCUCCCUCGUGUCGGUUUCGGGCUACCGAGACAGCCAAGUGUGGACCAUGGCGCACGAGAGGCUAUCAACCAUCUUGGUCGGCAGCAGCACCGCCGUGAUCGUCUGCGUCGUGGUCUACCCUGUUUGGAUUGGGGAAGAGCUCCACAACCUCGUCGUCACCAACAUUGAAAACCUUGGUGAGUUCCUCGUAGGAUUCGGAGAUGCAGAAUCCAACAACAAUGCCAAGACCCUCGGUGAAGAUCACAAAUCAGUGCUUGCUUCCAAAAGCAAUGAAGAAAACAUGGCAAAUUUGGCGAGAUGGGAGCCAGGACAUGGACGCUUCAGGUUGCAGCAUCCAUGGAAACAGUACCUGAAAAUAGGGACACUCGCCAGAGAAUGUGCAUACAAAGUUGAUGCUCUUAGCAGCAGCUACCUCAACCCUCAUGUUCAACCGAUUGAUGAGAUGGGAAGCAGAGUCGAGGCGGCAUGCAGGGAGCUGAGCACAGAGUGCGGCAGAGUACUGAAGGAAUUGGCACUGGCAACCAGGAAAAUGAAGAGGACAAAGCCUGCGGACGCCAUGGUUGCGAGCUCCAGAGCUGCAGCGGACGAUCUUAAGCUGGUACUGGACACAAACAAAUGGGAACGACAACGUUUUGUCGAGUUGGUGCCAAUUGCGGCGCUUGCUGCCGUUCUGUUGGAGAUCGCUGAGACUACAGAGAGAAUUGCUGAUGCCGUUGUUGAGUUGUCUUCCAAGGCUCAUUUCAAGAGCGCGGACUCUGCCGUCUCGCCGGAGCAACCGAGUCCGCCGCCUGCGGCGGCUCUCCCGGUGUCUAGCGGUGGGGCAUGA